GCCCUCCCGCACGGCUACGACCCGGAAGGAGCCGUAAUUCAAGGAGGCGGGCCAGCGACUCGAGAUUAACUUCCGGGUCGCGGCAGAGCUGGCUUUCACGUGGAGGCGGGGAAGAGUGGCCUGCGGGAAUGAUCACCAAAACCCACAAAGGAGACCUGGGCCUUGGGGUCCCAGAGAAAAAGAAGAAGAAAAAGAAGAAGGUAGUCAAAGAACCAGAGACUCAGUACUCAGUUUUAAACAGUGAUAAUUAUUUCACUGAGAUCUGUCCCACAAGAGCCCUGUCCCCCUCAAAGAGUGUGGUCCUAGGGCAGGCAUCUGAGAUGCCUGUAUUGAAGAAAAAGAAGAAAAAGAAGGGUCACAGCACCCUUUGUGAGGAGCAUCUAGAACCUGAGACCAUGUUAUGUGCUGGACGGACAGAGAAGUUGUCCAGCCCCAGGAAGCAGGCUCUUGGUUCAUCUGAGUUCCAGGGUGGGGAGAAGAAAAAAAAGAGGAAGUCCUUAAGGCCUCUGGCCAUGCCUUCUGGCUCAAGAGUGAAGACCUCCCUGGACAACAGACAGGGUGAGGAGGUGACCAGAGUUGUCAAGAAGCCCAAAAAACAUAAGAAGGAGAAGGCGGCCCAGGAGGCUGCAGCCUUCUCGGCCAAGGACCCUUGGUUCUGUGAGGCUGGGGAUACUCCCUCCACUUGCUCAGUGGGGAAGGAUGGUAAGGAGCAGGCAGCCUCAGGGCAGAAACGGAAGCAGGGGAGCCCCAGGGAAUGCAACGUGAAGGUGAAGAAGAAAAAGAAAAUCCACCAGAAGGGAGAUACCUCCCUAGAAGGGCACCUUGAGCGCUCCAAAUCUCUGGAGAGCAGCCCUAGGAAAGGAAGUAAGAAGCCAGUCAAAGUUGAGGCUCCAGAAUACAUUCCAAUAGGACAUAACCCCAAGUCCCCUGCAAAGAAGAAAAUGAAGUCCAAGAAAAAGGUAGAGCCGCCAGGCAUUGAGGAGCCAGCUCUGAAGAGGAAUAAAAAGAAGAAGGGGAAAGAGAGCAGAGUAGCAGAAGAACCUUGGGAAGAGGAUCCUGACACAGACUUAGAGGUGGUGUUGGAAAAGAAAGGCAACAUGGAUGAGGCGCACAUAGACCAGGUGAGGCGAAAGGCCUUGCAAGAAGAGAUCGAUCGUGAGUCGGGCAAAACAGAAGCUUCUGAACCAAGGAAGUGGACAGGAACUCAGUUUGGCCAGUGGGAUACUGCUAGUUUUGAAAACGAGGAACAGAAACUGAAAUUUCUCAAACUGAUGGGUGGCUUUAAAAAUGGCGCCCCUUCAUUCAGCCGCCCCUCCAAUACCAUCGGAAGGCCCAACAUGGCUCUCAGCAAGAAGGCGGCUGACACCCUGCAGCAGAACCUGCAGCAGGACUACGACCGCGCCAUGAGCUGGAAGUACAAGCGGGGCACUGGCCUUGGCUUCUCCACCACCCCAGACAAAACCUUUUAUAUUGACAGGAAUGCUUCCAAGUCGAUCAAGUUUGAAGAUUAAACUCUACUGUCUAAAACAGCCAGAAUUGCUUUUAUUAUUCAGUUAAUGCAGUUGAAAUCCAUCUGACAACUGUCUCAGAUCAAACCUCUGCAGAGAUUAAGGAAAACUCUGCCCAUGUGCUUGGAUGAACUGGGGUCAGGGAGCUCAUGUUUCCGAAGCCAAGAGAACAUGUAAACACCCAGAAGUGGAUCAUAUGGAUGUGAGGUCCUCCACUCUUUUCUACAAUCCAGUGAGUAUAUUUAUGACCAUUACUUUAAAUUCUUUAUUAGGCAUACAUAUUACUUAUUUCCAUUUUGUUUAGCUUUCUUGCUAUGAUUUUGUCCUGUUCCCUCAUUUGCGACUUAUUCCUUUAUCUCCUCAUUUUCUUUUUUUUUUAUUAAAGAUUUUAUUUAUUUAUUUGACAGAGAGAGACAGCCAGCGAGAGAGGAAACACAAGCAGGGGUAGUGGGAGAAGAAGAAGCAGGCUCCCAGCAGAGGAGCCCGAUAUGAGGCUCGAUCCCAAGACUCUGGGAUCACGCCCCGAGCCGAAGGCAAACGCUUAACGACUGAGCCACCCAGGCACCCCUAUCUCCUCAUUUUGUCUAACUCUGUGUGUCUGCUUCUAUAUGCUAGAAAGUCAGCUCCUGUUCUUGAAAGUAGUGCCCUUAUGAAGAAGAAGUCCUGUAGUGCCAUGCAGUGUCCUGUUACCAGAACCUGGUGCUUCAGGCGUGUCUACUAAGUGUGUUAUACUGAACUAUCCUUGCAUCCCUGGAAUAAAUCCCAUUUGAUCUUGUCUCUAGCUGUGUAAGAGCUGUUCUGCUAAGUCUUUGGAUCGUUCUGAGUCAGCUGCGUGUUGUGUAGUUGCAUCACUGGUGUGUCCGUGGGAAAGGUGAGUUCAGAACCUUCUUUCUUUGCCAUCUUCCCGGGAGUUCCAGUGGGUGCAGUGGGGCCCGGGGUGCCCAUGUAUGCUUGAGUCGCUGCACCUGCAUCUUCUGUGUUGCAAGAGCUCGGUAUAUACCAGUAGAUUCCAAGUCUUGUCAAGAGCUGCUUUUGGUAGAAAAGUUAAUUGCACCAUCUACUUUUUAUCAGUCUUCUGCAGUGGUUUAAGGCAACAUUCAAGUCCAAACUUGAGGCCCUCAAAUUAGGUAACAGUGACUCUUUGAAAGUAGACACCUUUUCAAGGUUCUUUUUCUAGUUCAAAAAAAAAAAAAAAAAACUACACACGUGACAGAUGUUACUUGCCUUUUUCAGUUUCUUGAUAAAGGCCGAUCUGAAGGCCACUUAUGCAAAGACACUGCUACUCUUGUGAACAAGACUGGAUUUUAAUGCUUUGACAAUUCCUACUUCCUGUCACAAUAAUCUGGGUAGAGGCCAAAGCUUAAACCAAUUUGUGUAUGUAAAAAUAAAAUAACAAAAGCAAAGCAGGUCUUUCUUAACUUGGCUUCCCAGCCCCAGUCAGGUCCUUGUUUGCAGAGGGAGCCUGAGGGCCAGUUCAGUCAGGUGACCCAUAUCUGGUUGUUUGCUUCGCUUCUUGAUGUAUUCCAGAGUUUUCACCUAGGAGGAAAAGGAACGAUCAGUAUCCUUUCAGGUUUCCUACUCGCCAACAAUUCAACCAUAUUGCGAGCUUAUGCUCUCUUACAGCUAAAGUCUUUUGAAGGAUAAAGGAGGGGAAGAAACCAACAAAGUCUGUAAAGUACAGGGUGCCUGGGUGGCUCAGUCAGUUAAGGGUCUGCCUUCGACUCAGGUCAUGAUCUCAGGGUCCUGGGAUUGAACCCCCUCAGCUGGGGCCUGCUUCUCCCCCUCCCCCUGCCUGUGCUCUCCCUCCCUCUCUCUCUAAAAUAAAAUCUUAAAGAAAGUGAAGUCUUUAAGUACAACUUCUUAGAUUAUAAUUUGCUUAUAAAAUCAGAUUUUGGUGUGACCAGGAAUAGCUAUUUUUAUAGAUGUGUAUUUUAUUCAGAGGGAAUAAAAGGAAGGGAGAGGGGGGUUUGUUGAGGCCAGCUUUGCUCUCGCCAGGGGGUUUACAUGUUUCACCAGGACCCCCAUGCCUUCCCAGUGCCUCACCAUGGUCCUGGUGUCUGCACAGCCAUGCCUCUGUGCCAGGUGCCACAGGUUCACGGAGAGCUGGUUGAGUCUGUUGUUGCGCAGGUCCCCGUGGGCCAAGAUGCUAUUAAAGAAGGAAAGGCCCAGCGAGCUUUGGCGCUUCAGAGCCUGAAAUAGAAAAGAGAGAUUACCAUCUGGCAAUGGGGCUCAGGCUGGACCCAGUGUUGAUGGCCGCUGUACCGUGGAUCUUCCGGAGGGCAAGUUGCUUCACCUCCCAAGUCCUGCCUUCAUCUGUAGGAGAGUAAGGUAAUGCCAGCUCAUAGGGUAAGUGAGGACUGAAGGGGAUGAAGCAUGUAAAGCCCCUCGUUCUGGGCCUCCCACAUAGGCAUGACUUGGAAAAUGGGAGCAGAAGCAAGUGAUACUUUCAUGAGACUCCGCACACAGCAGGGUAAAGGAAUGAAGUGAUGGGCCUUCUUGCGAGUACAAAUGGAAACUGAAAGGCUCCAAUAAAAUGUCUUUCAGAUGUAUCCUCAAGCCACCCAAAGUUAUAGCCACUAUCUAGGGCAGAAAUAAAGACCAAAUGACAGCUCCCCAUAAACGGCCCAGGCCCAGCUUUCAUAAGAACUACCCUAAAAUACCAAAUCUUGCCUCUGAUUAGAGGUACCCAAACAAGGAAAUUCUAACCAAAAUGUCAGGGUAGACCAAACCUGAAUUCAACAGGCCCUGGAGAAAGGAUACAAGUUCUCAAAGGUAAACAGAGGCAAGUGGGAAGGCCAAGUGAACAGGUGGGCCUAACCGGCCAGCCACGUUCUAUCUCAUGUCCAUGGGGACCCUGGACAGCUGCUGACCUGGGCCUUUGCUGGAUGCCCUGGGCUCACAAUGCAGACCAUCAGCAAGUCCAGGAAAGCAGAUAGGAAAGGAGCCCUUAAAGUGGGCCAGGUAUUCUGCUCUGUGCUUUACACAGCUCAUUUAAUCUACACAGCACAUCUUCACGGGAAGCACAUUUCUAACCAGCUAGGUACAGGUAGGUACAUGUUUUGCACUCUCUCUCAAGGAUCCCAACCCUGGUUAUUCAAGCACUACACUGGGUGCCCAGACCUUAGAGAAGCCUGGAUUAUCUGGGUGGGCCCAAUCUGAUCCCUUGAGUCCUAAAAGGCAGAGAAAUUUCUGAGAGACCAGUAACAAAAGAGGAGGCAGAAGGGGUGACAUCAGAGAGAUUUGAAGCAUAAGAAUGUGACCUACCGUUGGUGGCUUUCAAAUGGAAGAAGGGGGCCAAAAGCCAAGAAAUGCAGGCAACUUCUAGAAGCUGAGAACCACGACUAGCCAACAGUCAGCAAGGAAACGGGACCUCAGUCCUCCCACUGCAUGGAACUCGUCUGCCUACACCCUAAAGAAGCCAGUCAGUCAACACCUUGAUUUUGACCUUGUGAAACCUCACCAGUGCCAACUCACCAAACUGAUACAAUAAAUGAAUCUUUUAAGCUGUUGAGUUUGUGGCAAUUUUUUUUUAAGGCUGCAAGAGGAAUCCAAUCCACUCCCAGUUUGCAGAGGCACUCAAAGCGCAGGAAGCUUUGGUGGAACUUGCUCACGGACCACAGCUAGUAAGUACAAAGCAGGGAUUUGAGCUCCAGUUUGUCCGACUCCAAAGCCUGUGCCCACAGCCUCCCAUGUUCCACUCCAGCUGAUAAAAUAUUCCCCUAGACCCAGUGUUAGCAUCACAUUAGGAAUCCAAAUUCUGUAGAGGCUAAGAGUGCUUUUCUCAAAUACUCAAGGUGGACAAAACCAACCUAGUAGCCAUUGAUCUAUCCAUCCAUCUCAUUCCACAGAUAUUCACGGGAGCCAGAUUCUCUAAUAACUGCUGAACCAACUUAAUCCCUCCUGCCAUCCUCGGCCAAGUGAGAAUUUAAAAUCUCUUGGUGGAGGAAAAAAAAACUAUCAAGGAACAGCUUCAAGCCCAGUUGGGUGAGGGUGGCUGAGCAGCAAUGAAGAGACCUCCACCAGAGGGCCGGCUGAGCCUGCCUUGGCAACAGCCUGGACCAGGUGACAGUCACAGAAGCAGGUGAGCUGACUGAACAUCACCGUCAAGGAGUGGGGUCAUGCUGUGCACUGCCCAAGCCUGGGGCUCUGG